AUGAUAAGACCAGGUAAAGUUCUUGUAUUGAACUUCCUUAAAAGAUCGCUUUCCAAUUUGGCAACAUUCAAAGGGUCAGAAAUCAAUACAAAAAAAUAUGAUUUGAAACUACCUAAUAAUAGUGAUUCCAAUAAGCAAUAUUUCACCUUAGAUGAGAAACUAAAAGUUAUACAAUAUACUGAUGCAAAUGAAGAAUCUAUUAUAGAUGAAUUUAUAUUACCAUUAAGCUCAGGUGCUAAGGCUUCCGAUACAUAUCAAAAAACUAAUUUGUCAAAGAUGAGAAAUCUAUUAACCACCUUUCAUAUUGACGAGGGAGAAUCUUUACCAUUAUCAAAGCCAGGAUAUAUAAAAGAAACGCCAUUUGAAUAUCACUCAAAGUAUAACAGUGAUACCUCUUAUGUGAGUAUACCAAGAUUAUCAGUUACCAAGCUACUCACAUUUCAAUGGUGUGAAUUAAGAGAAUUUUAUACAAUAUUUUCAGGGUCCCCUGUGAAGAAAGAAACUAAAGAAAUGAAACUAGGAACUGAAGCACAUCUCAAGCUCGAAUUGGAAACACACAACUUGAUAGAUGUGGAAGAUAUUGAAAGGAUAACCGAUGAAUUUGUGGAAAAGAAAAUUGAUAGCUCCAAAAGACAUAUAAAUACGCUAGCAGAUCCUGAUGAUAUAUUGCUAGCUAAGGAUGAUUUAUCAAAGCUUACCGAACUAUUGCAUGGAGCUAUUCCUGAAUCAUCAAUGGCUAACGAAUGGAUGAGUAAGAUAAUUAGUCGAUUAUUCACACUUAUCAACACUUCAGAAGCGAGAGAAGUCUUGGUGCAUGGUUACUUAGAUUUUCAAACCUCACAUUUCACAUCUAAUCUACACGAUUUCCAAUUGAAUCAACUGAAUCUUGUUUUAGUAAGCGGUGUUGUGGACUACUUAAAAUUGUUCAACCCGCAUGAUAAAACUGAUUAUUCUAUGUUCGAGGAUAUACAAGAUCACGUCGAAUUCACAUAUCUGUCUCAGAGAAAACACCAAUGGAUUGAUUUAUCUCAGUUCCUUAAAGAUAUAGAUCCAAUUAUUAAAGAAUACUCUGAUACUUACAAGAUAGCUAUAACUGACGUGAAAACAAGAUCUUGGAACAAGCUCCCACAACAAGAAUCUGUCCUCCAAGCAGCAAAGUUACAAGUCGAAUAUUAUAGAAAUAUGUUUGGGAUAUUGGCAGGAGAAUUUGAUGACAUAGAAAUUGGUUAUGAAAUGCUACUUGAGAACGCUAAGAGGAGAAAUUUGGACGUUGAUAAACCAAUUUCCAUAAAAUCUGCCCUAGCACUAUUGAAAGCAAACCAUACUAUUAUACUUAAAGAUUAUGUUAAAUUAGCUAACGGAGAAGCUAUUGGUUUUGAGUCUUUCGAUAGAUUCUCUCAAGAGAGAUAUUUAAAUCAAGGGUCUGAGUAUGACUUCACUAAGGUUCUCGAGGGGACAAAUAGGGAAGACUAUAUAUCACAAAUAAAAGCAUCGGACAAAGAUGGCUUCGAUUUUGAUGAAAUCUUAACUUCUGACAUAUUGAAAGCUUGGAAAAUACCUUUGACUUUAAGAUACUUUGCUGCAAGAUCUUCCCAAUUGUUUCAUUUGUGUAAACCUUUUUUGAGUGAUUCAUUGUCUAUCGAAUAUCAUAAUGUUAAGAAGAAUGAUCAAUGUUUUCAUACUAACUACUACAAUUACAAUGCAAAUGAGAUAGAUGAAGUUACUGCUAAAGCAUCUGCAUUCUGGAAUGGUACCAGGCCUCCUAUUCCUGUUCAAGACCUAUCAAAAUGUAAUUAUUGUGACUUUUCAUCAAGAUGCGUAAUUCCAAACCCACAUAAGAAUGUCCCUGGAAGUUACGGAUCUGUUGGAUCAAAGAUGAAACAUUUCAUUUAG